GUAGACCAUAAUUGCUUCACAAACUUCCAAUAACACGCCAUCAGAGCGCACGUUGGCACGCGCUGCAUGAAUUGCAAAUGUAACUUGCUGUAAAGACGCAUAUCUUACAUGACGUAACAAAGAAUCUCGGGGACUCGCGCGGAAAGCGGGGGGCUGGCCCUGGGUGACAUAUCCCUCCACGGUGGGGUGCACGCCCUUGGCAGUGCCUUCUGCAACCGUCAGAGCCCCCCAGUCCAGCAAGAUGCCACCGCCGCUCGCGCAACAUCAGUUGCGCAGUGCCCAGCGCCUACUUCCGGCCGCGGCAUCAUGGGCCGCCGACGCAUCCCAUGCAGCCGGCGGCGCAGGUGCCGGCUUCAGCACCUACUCCACGCGUGGGCCUUCGGCCCCCACCGGCGCCUCUUCCUCCCCCAGGGCUAGGGAACCCUCCUCAGAGGGCAAACACAAACAAAACCUUCAGCGUCCUCCUGAAGAUAAUCACGACGACCUCCAAAAUGGAGAAGACAGGCUGAAAAAGCAGUUGGCCGCGUUGCUGCCAGGGCCCCUUCUGGAGCGCCUGUGGGCAGGCGCCAGCGGUGGCGGCAACGGCGGCGGGUUCCGAGCAGAGCGGCGGCCCUCAUUCCGGCUCAACACGCUGCGCGUAAGCUUACCUGACGCGGCCUUCCUUGCUGAUGCCGCCACCGGCGCCGCCGCCGGGCCAGUGCAGCCAAGCCUCGACGAGCAACAGCAUCAGCACCAACACCAACACCAACACCAGCACCAGCAUCCGCACCCACACACACACGGCCACCAGGCCAGCCCUGAUGCCCUGGCCGGCGCCGCAAGCCCGGAUUCACGCAAGCUCGGCCCGCACACGCAUGUUGACCCUGGCGGCGGCACCGGGCAGCUGCGUGCUUCCGGCACUGGCCGCCGGCAGCAGCUGCAGGACGGCGGGCAGCAGCUGCAGGACGGCGGGCAGGUGGUGCGGCAGCUGCUGCGCGGCUUCGGCCUGACGCCUGCUGGUGCAGAGCCGUCAGCACCACCUCUGGAGCGGGGAAGCGGCGGCGCACCGGGUGUCGCAGUGGCGGCCGGUGGGGAGGGUGCGGCCAUGGGGUGCAGCGGCGGCGGGGUGCGACUGGAGCCGUUUCCGCUGUACCCGGCCGCGAUGCAGCUGCCGUCAGACACGGCGGGGGCGGUGCGGGUGGCAGGGCCCUCACGGCAGCUGCCGCCCCUGCAGACCGGCGCAGUCUACUUCCAAAGCCUCUCCAGUAUGCUGCCCGCUCUGGUGCUGAUGGCACCGCAUGUCGCAGCCACAUCUACAGCCGCAGCCGCAGCUGCGCCGGAAACGCCAGCGCGGCAAGCUGCACCAGCGGCAACCGCCUGCGCUCCGAACGAACCGGCAUCGGCAACAGCGGACGCGGCCACAGCACCAGCACCAGCACCAGCGCCAGCGCCAGCAGUGUCGUACGACGGGCGGCGGCCGCUCCGGGUGCUGGACCUGUGCGCGGCCCCGGGCGGCAAGGCGGCGCUGCUGGCCGAGCUGAUGGGCAACCGGGGGCACCUGCUGGCGGUGGACGCCAGCUGGCCGCGGCUGCAGCGCAUGCGCUUCAACCUGGAGCGGCUGCUGCCGCCCGCGGCCGGCCAGGCCGAGGCCCAGGCCGAGGCCACCACUGGCGAGGGGCCCAACGACCGCGAGGGGGCUAGCGCGGCGGCGGCGGCCGAGGGCACCGGGGCCGGCGCGGCUGGGCCGCAUGCGGAGCGGCAGUGGCGCCGGGGCUGCGUCACGACAGUGCACGCCGACGGCACGGGGCUGCUUGUGGACGCAUGCGGCAUGCCGCUCCCGCCGCCGCCACGCGCUAUGCGAACCCGCCGGCGAGACCACCAGGGAAGCGGAGCCGCGGACGGCACCUGGCGUGCCGCAGGCCACGCCGCCGCCGGGCCAGGAGAGCUUGACGGGCUUGCGCAGGCCGAGCGUUCGGCAGCAGGGCCGGCUGGGUCGGCGGGGACGGCGGCAGAGGGUGUGUUUGACCGGGUGCUGGUGGACGCGCCCUGCAGCGGCCUGGGCCGGCUGCAGCUGGGCCGGCCUGACAGCUACAGCCACUGGCAGCCGGAGGCGGUGCGGCGCUACAGCCGGCGGCAGCGGCAGCUGCUGCUGCGCGGCGUGACGCUGCUGGCGCCGGGCGGGCUGCUGGUGUACAGCACGUGCACGAUGCUGGCAGAGGAGAACGAACAGGUACUGGCGUGGCUGCUGGGCCGGGUGGGCGGGCUGCGGCUGGUGCGGCCCCGCCUGCUGGUCCCUGCCGCGGCACUGGCAGCUGCCACACACAGCGCAGACGGGCAGCCGCCCGGCGGCGGCGCUCCCGCCGCCCCGCCUGACACUAGCAGCAUCCGCGGCGGUGCCGGCACCAGCCGGACCGAGGAGCUGCGUGCGGCGCUGGAGGCGCACUGGCCGGGGAGCACCUACCCGCCUCUGCUGCAGGGGCGUUGGUGGCGGGCGGCGCUUGCGGCGGCAAGGGACGGAGCUCGGGAGCAGGAGGGCAGGCGGAACGGCGCGCGGGGUCCCGAGCGGGGGCCGCGGCGUAAGUCUGUGGAGAAGGAGCAGGCGCGAGGUGCGGCGGCUGCCGGAGUGCCGUCCUUCUCUUCGGAGGAUGAUUUACGCGAGCAGCUGGAGUCCUGUGUUCGUGUAGCGCCCGGGGAGGCCUUUGAAGGGUUCUUUGUUGCAGCAGUGGUAAAGCAGGGCGAGUAGGACAUGGACUCACGCCUGCGUACGUAUGUUUAAUGCAUGCUGGGCAGCAAAGCGGCGGUUAGCGGGGUUGCGUCCAGGGCACCUGCCAGGGGACUGCGGCUUGGCUAUGGGUUGGUCCCCCCGCUGAUCUGAAAACAAUGGGCUCAUCAGCAACUGGCAAAUGGUGCACAACGAGGACUAGGCAAUGAAGGCCCUUGGCAGGGACCUCCGGUCGCGCCUUACACCUGGGCUUAUCCAUAAAUUUGCU